CCCAAUAGCCUCGCGUUUGUUCGAAUUGCAAAAUCAGAUUGUUUUGGGCAUCCCACAUCCAACCUCCGAUAAAUCGAGCUCUCCUCGAACAGAAAGAACUAUACUGUUCCCUCCCAUGGCGAGCAGUGCCCUUCUCCCUCAUUACCACGGCCUAUGCGCCAUUACUCCCUUACUAACAAUUUGCCGCCGAACCAAUCUCCUUGCCCUAAACCCUUCCCGUGGCCUCUGCCGCCGUCCGACGCCGGCUCUUAUCUCGACCUCCUCCUGCUUCCGCAGCGGCCUCCAAUUCGAGGAACAGAACAAAAUCGACAGCAAGGCGCAGCCUUUCGUGUUGACGACACCUUUAUACUACGUUAACGCUCCUCCCCACAUGGGCAGUGCCUAUACAACCAUCGCAGCCGAUGCCAUUGCUAGGUUUCAGAGGUUACUUGGAAAGAAAGUAAUAUUCAUCACUGGAACAGACGAGCAUGGAGAGAAAAUUGCUACUGCUGCGGAGACCAACGGCAGAAGCCCAAGAGAACACUGUGAUAUGGUUUCAGAUGCCUAUAUAAUGCUUUGGAAAGAUCUAGACAUAGCUUAUGACAAAUUUAUCCGCACUACCGAUCCAAGACAUGAAGGGAUUGUGGAGGAAUUCUACUCAAGAGUGUUUAACAAUGGUGACAUAUAUCGUGCUGACUACGAGGGGCUCUAUUGUAUCAAUUGUGAGGAGUACAAGGAUGAGAAAGAGUUACUUGAAAAUAAUUGUUGCUCGAUGCACUUAAAGCCUUGCAUCUUGCGCAAGGAGGAUAACUAUUUUUUUGCCUUGUCGAAGUAUCAGAAAGUGUUGGAAGAAUACUUUAUAAAUAAUCCAAAUUUUGUGAAGCCAGCAUAUCGAUUGAAUGAGGUGCAAGGCUGGAUAAGCAGCGGCUUGCGAGAUUUUUCGAUAUCGCGCUCUUCUGUUGAAUGGGGAAUACCCGUGCCAACUGAUAAUAAACAAACAAUAUAUGUUUGGUUUGAUGCUUUACUAGGAUAUGUUUCAGCAUUACUAGAUAAGGAUGAACAACCGAGUCUCGAAAAGGCUGUUGGUGCCGGUUGGCCUGCUUCAUUACAUUUGAUAGGAAAGGAUAUUUUGCGUUUUCAUGCACUCUAUUGGCCAGCUAUGUUAAUGUCUGCUGGAAUAAGUCCUCCGAAAAUGGUGUUUGGUCAUGGAUUCUUGACAAAGGACGGUAUGAAGAUGGGUAAAACAUUGGGAAAUACGCUCGAGCCGAAAGAUUUGGUUAACAGGUUUGGGUCAGAUGCUGUGAGAUACUUCUUCUUGAGGGAAAUUGAGUUCGGCAAUGAUGGCGAUUUCUCAGAAGAACGCUUCAUCAACACAAACAAUGCACAUCUAGCCAAUACUAUUGGAAAUCUUCUAAAUCGCACACUCGGACUCCUUAAAAAAAAUUGCCAAUCUACCUUGGCAGUAGAUUCAACUAUUGCAGCCGAAGGAAAUAUGUUCAAGGAGACAGUAGAAAUAUUGGUGAAUAAGACGAAGAUCCAUUACGAGAACCUUUCGUUGUCCUCAGCUUGCGAGUGUGUGUUAGAAAUUGGAAAUGCUGGUAACCUUUAUAUGGAUGAAUGUGCUCCGUGGUCUCUUUUUAAACAAGGAGGUUCUAGUUAUGAAAGAGCUGCAAAGGACCUUGUUCUUAUACUUGAAGCUAUGAGGAUUAUAGCAGUGGCUUUAUCUCCAGUUGCUCCAAGCCUAUGCCUGAGAAUAUACACACAGCUUGGAUUUUCAGAAGCUGAGUUUGAGGCAACAACUUGGAGUGAUACAAGAUGGGGUGGGCUUAAAGCAGGUUCAGUUAUGGCUGAGCCUAAGCCAGUUUUUGCAAGGAUUGAAAUGAGGAAAGAUGGUGAAGAAGAAAUAGUAGAAGCUACAGAAAAGGUGUCUAAAGCCAAGAAAAAGAAUUACAGUAAAGGACUAGUUCAAGCCUAA